UACCUGAUGGUUUGUAUGAACCGAACAGGUAGUUUCAUGAGAGAGGGAGAUUCGGACAACGAAGAAGUGGAACUCAGGUAUUUCCCAGUCGAGGAUGUGCGGGACUUAAGGUCCACCGAAAUCUCGGUUGCGUUGUUCUACGUUUCGAUAUUGUAAAUAUAGUUAAUGUCUCGAAGUGACCAUAGAGUGUGAUCCAAAUAAGUGAUAAAUGCGUGAACCAUAAGAAGACCCACGCCCGGAAAAUUUUUUCAAGGAUCGUCAUAUAUUUUUUGACCAUAUAAAAAAUCUGCAAAGGCUGACGUUUACGUAUUGGAGUGAAAACACUCCCUGCUGUUGCUGCUGCUGUCAAGAUUAACGGGAAAUUAAUAAAGAUGCCUUAUUAUAACAGUGGCCACGGACCUGUAGCCUACAAUAAAGAUGGGAAUUCAAGUGGUCCAUCGAGCACAUCCGGAGGACAAGUUGGUGCACCGGAACCAACUUACAUUAUGGAGCAUUUGGCCACAUUCACAGUGACCAAAGAAACUGGAAUAGUUUAUCCAGCUGAUGGUAUGCGACGUCUUUUACAACUGGAAAAAAGUAACGGUAUUUGGAGUCAGAAGAUGCAGCUUCGCCUCGAGCGAAAUUGGGUUCUCAUCAUGGAUAACGAAACUGGGGCCGUCAUGGAGAGAUUUCCUGCGUCUUUGAUACAGGAACCUACGGCCUUCACGUCACGCGAUCCCAUGGAAAUGUACAACAAUAUAUUGGUCUUCACCGUAGGCGAGGACGGUGGUUCUGGCCAACGAGCUGAAAUGCACAUCUUCCAAUGUCAAAGUGUUUCCGCUGAGGAUCUCGUGGAAGACCUAAAGAUGUUACAAAUGGGCAAAUUGGUACCUGGAGGAUCGCCUCGAGGUCCCCGGGGUCAUAUUCCACCACCUCCAGCAUUACCGCCACCAGAACCACCAUUAAAUGGCGUUAAUGUUCGAGAGCAAGUCUCGGCAUUCAAUGCCGCUAAUAAUGAUGGUCACAAUGAUAUAUCACGUGACGAAAACAAUGACGAAGUAUCGUCCACGUCGUCAGAAAAAUAUGAACGCGAUGUGACAAUUUUAAAUCAUUGCUUUGAUGAUAUUGAGAAAUUUAUAGCGCGUCUACAGCAUGCAGCAGCCGCAUCACGCGAAUUAGAACGAAGACGUCGUAAUAGAAAGACAAAAAAACGUAAUUUAGGCGAUGGAAUGUUGACAAUGAGAGCAAAACCACCACCUGAAAUUGAGUUCAUUGAUAUUUUUCAAAAAUUCAAAUUAUCCUUUAAUCUCUUGGCAAAAUUGAAGGCACACAUUCAUGAUCCAAAUGCACCUGAAUUGGUGCAUUUUCUCUUCACUCCAUUGGCACUUAUUGUCGAUGCAUCACAUGAUACAAAUUAUGAUCCAAAUCUACCGAGUAAAGUUGUAUCACCAUUAUUAACGCGUGAAGCUGUUAAUUUGUUGAUAAAUUGUGUGAGUAGUAAGGAAACUGAACUUUGGCAUUCAUUGGGCGAUACGUGGUUAGUGACAAGGAAUCAAUGGAAAGGACACGUGCCACCUUAUCAUCCAGUUUUUAUGGACGGUUGGUCACCGGAAUAUCCAAUUCCCGAAGAUCGUGACAAUGAUCAUCUCAAUUCACUCCUACAUGCCGAUAAACAAAAGAGGGAUGAUCUUCCCGAGGCGCAAAAUGACUCGUACUACAAUCACAGGGAUAUCGAUGAGUCUCACUACAGUAGCGAUUACCUCGAUUACGAAAGUAGAGAAGAACGUGGUAAUGUGGAAUAUUUUGAUAGAAAUUAUGGACCAGCACCGGAGCUUUAUGGACGUGAGGAGAGGGAAAGAGUCGUGGAUCAGACACGAGCUCACAGUGACAUAUCGGUUGAUUCGAUCGAGAGAGGUCCACGUGGUGUACCAGGUCACGAGAGGGCUCAAGAAGCAUGGUUGGAUGAUCUUUUAACACGUCACGCGAAAAUCGUGCAGGUAACUUAUCCACGUACGGCGAACAACGACAAGGAACUCACUGUCGUGAGGGGCGAAUAUCUUGAGAUUCUUGACGACAGCAGGAAAUGGUGGAAGGCGCGAAAUUCACGUGGACAAGUAGCUCAUGUUCCUCACACUAUUGUCACACCUCACAACAAUCCCUCGCAUGCUGAUGACAAUGACGUCUUUAACAAUCCAUUAUACACGGGACGAUAUCAACGACAAGGGCACGGAUACAAUUACGAGGAUUCAGAAUUGGAUACCAGUACUAGUCCUGGACCGGAAACGUCACAUCGACCUCAUACAAUUCCACCUCCGGCUCCAGCCGAAUGGGUACGCAAAGAACGUCUUGGAAAAAAAGACGAGCCAAGUAUUUCAAGUGAGGCUCUCAUUGACGAUGUAAUUUCACUUCCCGACAGUUUACAUUCAUCUGGAAGUGUCCAGACAGUCAAUUCAUGGGAAUUGAAUAAAAAACCAUCUUCAAAUUCUGGAUCUGAAUCAUCAAAACCUCAGAAUUCUGUGGAUUUAAUAAAAAAUUCACAAAAACAAUUAACAACUUGUUCUAAACAUUAUCAAAAACAAAUUUCCGAACCAUCUUUCAAAAAUACCAAAGAAUCAUCGAAAAUUAUAUCUCCACCACCUCCUCCCCCUCUUCCGGAAUUUAUUCCAAAAUCAUCUCUGGAUGAUAAUAGAAUGGGAUCAAUAAAAAGUACCAAAAGCAAUAUAAGCAUUCGAUCGAUGCCUGAAGGUUUUAGUGGUCAUGACGAAGUGCAACAGGAAUUAAAAUCUGUAUUAACAAUGUUUCGUGAAAAAAAGCAGGCCAGAAAUGCAAAUUUAGAAUUAAAUGAAAAUCUGGAUCAAUAUUCUACAUCGCGUGAUGUUCAACAUUGGUUGUCGAAAAAGGGAUUUUCAGAAAAAAUUUCUAAGCACUUGAAAGGUAUGACUGGAGCAGAAUUAUUAACUCUUUCCAGUAGAGAACUGGAGCAUUAUUGUGGAAUAACAGAAGGAAAAAGAUUAGACGAUGAAUUGACUCGUUUCCGAAACUCACCUAGUCAAAAAAGUUUUCGAUCUUCGGAAUUAAAACGAAUUUUGGGCGAAUUUCGUAAGGAAGGAUCAAUAAGCAAGCCUUGACAUAGAAAAAACUUUAUAAAUCUAAUUUUAUAGCUAAUUAAUAUAAAAAUUUAUCAUCGAAUCUUUCGUAAAACUAAAUCUAUAUAAAAAAAAAUUAAAAAUAAACUUUUUAUAAAGCUGC